GCAUUUGCCGCGAUUUCCAAAAUAUAACCCCCGCCUGCCUGCCUGCGCACGGCGAAGCCGAUCCCGCUAACAAUUUUGGCUAUGAAAAUUUGAAUCCAUCAUCUUCUUACAAUCCAAUCUCCUCCCCGAUAACCUAUUUUUCAAAACCCUCGCAGCAGCAGCAGCUUCACCAACUCAACUCCACCUCACCUAGGGUUUCGUCGAUCUCGUUUCUCAUUCGCGACUAUCUGUUUUUAUGUUUGUGCUUUUCGUCUGUGAUUCGUGAAUGGAGAUAGAAACCCAAACCCUAGAAGCCAAAGAGCAGCAAGACAACACGGCUGCCGAUGCGGUACAAUUGCAGAAGUUGACGGAUAAGGAGAUAGAGAAAGGAAUAGAGGAUACGGAAGCUGAAACAGAUAAGAAAGAUGAGAACGAAGGGGAGGGUGCUGACAUAUUAGAAGUAAAGGAGGAAACUGAAGGGAAAGAGGAAGGAAUUACAGUCAAAAGAGGCGGUAAAGGGAGAUCUAAGAAUUCGAGUAAGUCAUCAGCCUUAGAGAAGGUUGAGGAUGAGACCUUGAAAGAGCCAGUUACGCCACAUGAAAGGCCGACACGAGAAAGGAAGACAGUCCAACGUUUUUCAGUACCCCAAUCUGCAAGAAGUGUGACCAAGGUGGUUUCAAUUGAGAAGGGUAAAGGCACGCCACUUAAAGAUAUACCAAAUGUGGCUUACAAGUUGUCCAAGAGAAAGCCAGAUGAUAAUUUGCAGAUUCUUCACUCUGUCCUUUUUGGGAAGAAAACAAAGACACACACAUUAAAGAAAAACAUUGGCCAGUUUUCUGGUUUUGUGUGGAUUGAAAAUGAGGAAAAGCAAAAGGGUAAAGUUAAGGAGAGACUUGAUAAAUGUGUCAAGGAGAAGCUAUUGGAUUUCUGCGAUGUCCUGAACAUUCCAAUUAACAAGACUUCUGCAAAGAAAGAGGAAGUUUCAAUAAAGUUAUUGGAAUUUUUGGAGUCUCCCUAUGCUACCACAGAUACCCUGCUUGCAGAGAAGGAACAGAAAAGCAAAAAGCGAAAGGCAAAGGGUACGAAAUCUCGAGAACGGCUUCCCAAGAAGACAAAGGUAACUGAAACUGGUGAUAAGGAUGAACAAAUGUCUGAAGCAGAAAAAGAUGGAGAUGAUGAAGAUGAAGCUGUGCCUUCAGAUAACAGUUCUGAUUCUGAAGGUGAUGCUGAGAAGAAUCAGGAGCAAGAAAGUGAUGAUGUGAGUAAGUCAGAAGGCAAGGAAGAAGGAUCUGAAGAAGACGAUGAAGUAGAUGAAAAGCCUGAAAAGGAACUGUCAUCUGAGAAAAAAACAACUAAAAAGACUUUGAAAGAGCCUGAGAGUAAAGCAAGUGGCAAACCCAAACCUGCCAAGGAGGAUAAGUCUUCAAAAUCCCCGAGAAAAUCUACUAAAAAGAAGCAUGCAAGUGAUGAUGAGGAAGCUUCCGGAUCAGCUUCAAAACUAAAGGUUGUCUCAGCAAAUAAGAGGAACAAAGUUGACAAGGAAGACACAAAAUCCUCAGUGAAGGAGAAAGGCACAAGAAACACGAAGCAAUCAAAAAAGGUGUUGACAAAGGAUCAAGGAAAAGGAAAAGCUGGGAAGAAAUCAAAGCUAGAGCCGAUGAAAGAAGAGAUACAUUCAGCGGUUGAAGAGAUUUUGAAAGAAGUGGACUUCAAUACUGCAACUUUGUCAGAUAUUAUCAAAUUACUAGGCAAACAGUUUGGGGUAGAUCUAACGCAUAGAAAAGCGGAAGUUAAGGAGAUAAUUACAGAAGUUAUAAACAAUAUGUCCGGUGAUGAGGAAGAAGAAGAAGAAGAUGGUGAUGAUGACGACGACGACGAUGGUGGAGAUAGCAACUAACCUCUAUCUUUGUUAAUGGCUGAUGCAGUUUAACCUUUGUAAGUGAAUGGAUGAUGAUGUUGAGCUCUAGGUUUGCUUUUUUAAUUAGGAAUUGAAGAUUAGAUUAAGCUGCUCCUCCUAUAUGUUAGUCUUCAUGUUUUACUUUAAUUAUUAUUGUAUUGGUUUGUUUUAGUUUUUAUAUUUUACAUAUUUUUGGGUAUAGAGUGUAAUCUUUUUUAGUUGGAGUUUUCUUUUUUCAUUAUACAUAUAUGGUGGAUUUUCAUGAAUUUUAAGAUAAGAUGAUAGAGUAACUCUUUUGUAUGAAUAAUCAAUGAUUUAGUUUUAAUAUUAUGUUUAUUCAGAUUGUUUCUAUUUU